AUGCCCAACGCCUCAACGACUGCAUCUAUGUUCCAAUAUCGGUUCAAAGACAAGAGCUACAAGAAUCCCCCUCUGCUCGACUCGUCAGUUAUUUACGACCGUCUCAUUCUCAAAUGCCAUUCUUCCAAUCGCCUUAAAAAAGAAGGCUACAUGUUGCCAAGCGAGCUACGCCAAGGGAAUCGCGAAGAUAGUAUCGCUCCUUAUCCAAGCACCCUCGAACCGAAAAGAAAGGCUGUUGCACUUGAUUGUGAAAUGGCAGGUGUCAGAAACGGCAAAAGUGAAAUCAUAUCCAUCUGCGUUGUCGACUUCUUUUCAGGCCAGGUCUUGAUCAAUUCUCUUGUCAAGCCCCACCAACCCAUAAUUGAAUGGCGAACCAAUAUCCAUGGCAUACGUCCGACCACAUUGUCAACAGCUGCAUCGAAAGGACAAGUUCUUCGCGGUUGGGAAGCAACACGACAAGAGCUUUUUAAGCAUAUCAACACAGACACAAUCCUAGUCGGGCAAUCUCUCCAACGAGAUUUAAAAGGGCUUCGGGUACUGCAUGGAAAGAUCUUUGAUACUGCUAUUCAUACAGCAGAAAUGGUGUUUGGGACGGACACUGAUUUUGGUCGCCUAUGGAGCCUCCAGUCUCUCUGUGCGGAUUUGUUAGGACUGCGAAUCCGACAGGACUCCAGCACUCAUGAAGCACUGGAAGAUUCAAUGGCGGUACGAGAGGUUGCGUUGUGGUGUCUGUCCUACCCAGACAAUUUGGAGGAGUGGGGGAAAAUGGCCCGCGAAAAGUACAUUGCUGAGAAGUUGGAAAGGUCAAAGGGCAGGCGAAAGAAGAGAGGAAAUGCACAACGCUCAGCGCAUGUUCGCAAAGAUGUUAAUGGUGGUCGGGGAUACCAUUAUGAUUAUGAUUAUGGUUAUGAUGAUGAUGAGCUUCGUUGGGAAGAUGUCAUAGAUUGGGAAAUGUGGCCAAAGUCGCCUCCAUCUGAUUAA